AUGGCAGCAUCAGCAAGACAGCCCUCACCAUGGGCAAACAAAUACAGAGGUGCCACAGUAGAAGACCUCGACCCGCCCCCAGCCCUCUCAACAUCUCCCCACUCCCCCAUCUCCUCCGCCCUCAUGGCCGCCUACGAACGCGACUACACCCACCUGACCGUCAUCAACCCCAACGACAAAACUCUCCUCGGCUACAUAUCGAUACCGCACCUUCAAUCAUUACUUAAAGAGGGCAAGGUGAAGGACUCGGAUCACGUGCAACAGGCGAUGAUCACGUUCAAGAGAGGGAAGAAGUAUAAGCUCAUCACGAUGGAGACACGGCUGGAGGAUUUGGAGAGUUUCUUUGAGGGUGGUGAGACGGGGGAGAAGCAGGAUUUUGCGGUUGUCACGGAUGUGGCGAGGAGGUUUGUGUUGGGGGUUGCGACGAGGGAGGAUUUGAAGAAGUUUGCGGAGAGGAGGCCGGCUUAG